AUGUCUGACGAAACCAAGACGUACUAUCAUACAACACCUAAUGGCUCCCGGAUCUUCAUUGAAGAAUGUGGUUCCGGUCCAUUAAUGGUACUGAUGCAUGGUCUGGGUGGAACAACGAACGCCUUCCAGCCUUUGAUAUCUCAUUUCUCCUCUCGAUACACUAUGUUGCGGUUUGACUUCCCAGGUUCCGGAUUCAGCACUUUCAAGUCACCGCCAUCUAUACCACAAUUCGUCGAAGAUCUCUCCUCUAUUCUAGACUCCAAGGAUUCAAAGGAGAAUACAAUACUCGUUGGCCAUUCCCUUGGAAGUAUUGUAGCCAUGCAUUAUGCUUCAAAAAAUCCAGGAAUCAGCGGGCUCGUUCUCAUUGGGCCCGGGAGAUCAGCCUCCCAUAUUCCUGCUGUUGUCGAGCGAAUGACUGGCCUUGGAGCCAAAGCCAGGCUUGGCAUCGAAGGGAUUAGAGAUUCCACAAUUGGCAACAAUGUCGCUCCCAGCUCCUCGAACCUUGUUCGAACAAUCGUCAGGCAGAUGAUCAGCUCGCAAGACGCCGAAGGCUACGCGGCUACUUGUGAGGCAGCUUGUGCCAAGACGCAUGUCGAUCCAGACUAUUCUACGAUCAAAUGCCCAGCUGUGCUCAUUGCGGGGGAUCAGGACAUGAUAUCGCCCGUGUCGAGGUCCGAGGAUCUCAUGACGCUAAUAGGAGGUGGCGGAAACGAGAACGUCUUGCUGAAAGUAGUGCAUUCAGGUCAUCAGCAGGUAUUAGAAGAUACUGAUGGGGUAGUGAAGGCUAUGGAGGCAAUGUUGGAUUUUUUGUAA